AUGUUCGUUACGUUGUGUUUCGCCAGUUUAAUCGUUUGGUGUACAGCUGAGAGACAAAAUUUUCUUUUAAUAAUCGUUGAUGAUUUAAGAACUACUUUAGGAUGUUACGGCGAUCUUAAAGCUUAUACACCGAAUAUAGACCGUUUCGCAGCAGAAGCUGCCAUUUUUUCCCAAGCAUUUGCUCAGCAAGCUUUGUGCGCGCCAAGUAGAAAUUCAUUUUUAACAAGCCGGAGACCAGAUACACUUCAGCUUUAUGAUUUCUAUAGUUAUUGGCGAAAAGAUAUUGGUAACUUUACAACAUUGCCCCAACAUCUUAAGAGUAAUGGAUAUAUUACUAAAUCAAUAGGAAAAGUGUUUCAUCCAGGAAUUAGUUCAAACAAUUCGGAUGAUAACCCUUAUUCAUGGUCGGAAACUCCAUUUCAUCCAUUUACAGAAAGAUAUAAAGAUGCUCCAAUAUGCCAAACAAACGAGCAGCUAUUACCUGCACGAAAUCUUCUAUGUCCAGUCAAAGUUUCAUUAAUGCCAAAUAAAACAUUACCAGAUAUAGAAAUAUUAAAGGAAGCUAAAAAUUUUCUAUCUAAUCAAGCAGGAAAUAGCCCUUUCUUUUUGGCAGUUGGAUUUCAAAAACCACAUAUACCAUUCAAGUAUCCUAAAAAAUACAUAAAAUAUCAUCCUUUGCAAAAAUUUAAAGUACCUAAACCUUAUAAAUGGUCAGAUAAUGUUAGUAGUAUUGCCUAUAAUCCCUGGAAUGACUUAAGGAAAAGGAAAGAUGUUGCUGCCUUAAAUCUUAAAUUUCCAUGGGAAAAAAUACCAGAAAGUUUUGCUCUAUUAAUUAUUCAAUCAUACUAUGCAUCUGUAACAUACAUUGAUAACUUAAUUGGUAAAUUAAUAAAUCAUCUGAAAAAAUUGUCAAUUCAAGAAAAUACUGUUAUUAUGUUAACGUCUGACCAUGGAUGGUCUUUAGGAGAGCGUGCGAUAUGGGCAAAAUAUAGCAAUUAUGAUGUUACUCUAAAAGUACCAUUAAUAGUAUCAAUACCUGGGCUGACAUAUAAAAAAUCAAAAACAAAUACAAAUGUAAAAGAUUCGUCAGGAAGAACUCAGACAUUUAUUAAUUCAAUAGUAGAAUUAGUUGACAUUUUUCCAACAAUAGCAGACUUAGCAAAUAUUUCAAUACCUAUUUGUUCAAAUGAAACUACGCAAAUUACUUGUAGUGAAGGAAUUACUUUUGUACCACUUAUAAGAGCUGCCUUAAAAAAUGAGACAAUAUCAUGGAAAAAAGCUGCGUUUGGGCAAUAUCCAAGGCCAAGCAUUGAACCGUCGAUACAUCCAAAUAGUGAUGAACCAUGUUUAAAAGAAAUUAAAGCAAUGGGAUAUACCCUAAGAACAAAUAAAUAUCGUUACACAGCGUGGCUCUCAUUUGAUUCUAAAAGUAAAUUAUCAAAUUGGAGUAAUAUCAUUGCAGAGGAAUUGUAUGAUCACAAUAAUGACGAAGGUGAAAAUCGAAAUGUAGCAUUUCUCGAAGGGUAUAUGAAAUUAAAAGAGAAAUUAAAGAUUUUAUUGCAACAUGGUUGGAGAAAUGUUUUAUCAGAUGAGCUUAAUUUAUAA